GGUCGCGUAACGUCCGCCCGCGACCGGAAGUGCAAGGUCCUGUGAGCAUGGCGGCGUCGAAGGUGAAGCAGGACAUGCCGCCGUCGGGGGGCUAUGGCCCCAUCGACUACAAGCGGAACCUGCCGCGUCGGGGACUGUCGGGCUACAGCAUGUUUGCUGUGGGCAUUGGGACCUUGCUCUUCGGGUACUGGAGCAUGAUGAAGUGGAACCGUGAACGCAGGCGCCUGCAGAUUGAGGACUUCGAGGCCCGCAUUGCACUGAUGCCGUUGUUGCAGGCAGAGAAGGACCGGAGGGUCCUGCAGAUGCUUCGGGAGAACCUGGAGGAGGAAGCCAUCAUCAUGAAGGACGUGCCCGACUGGAAGGUGGGUGAGUCUGUGUUCCACACAACGCGCUGGGUGACCCCCAUGAUGGGCGAGCUCUAUGGACUACGCACGAAUGAGGAGAUUCUCAAUGCCACCUACGGCUUCAUAUGGUACACGUAGGGGUCUGCGCCCCUCGGACCACUGGACCCCCGCCCCUUCCCCACCGGGAAAGAAUAAAUACUCUUGAGACCCGCC